AUGAAAUCAACCGCCGGGGCCGCCGCGGGGCAUCCCGCCGUGGAGGCGGAGCUGACGCAGAAGGAAAUGGAGUUGGAUGCUACCCUGUUGCCAAAAAUGGAGGACGUCGACUUUGACACCUUUCAGCGCACAGUGCAGCUGCAGCAGGAGCGCGGCAUGCCCCCUCCGCCGCGCCCCAUCCUCAAGCGAAUUCCGGAAUCCACGGAUGACUUUUUGCGAAACUUCUUUUUGCGCAACGGCAUGUACCGCACCAUGGAGGCGUUUGAGAUUGAGUGGUACGAAAAGUACGGGUCAAAGCCGCUCUCCGACGCCCCUGUGUUCGCGGACAACUACCUUGAGACCGCGGCACUGCAGGAUCGCAUUGAUGUCUUGGAGCAUCAACUUCGUCAACACGCCGAGUUGACGGCCAAAACGACAAGACUGUUUCUACAGGCAAAGAAAGAGCGGGACUUUCAUCGGGCCAACCACAACCGCGUGGUCCAGGAGAAGAACAGGAUUGCGAAGCUUCUUCGUCAGGCACAGAGUCACGCAGAGGAAGUUAACCCAACGCUGAACGAGCUUCGUCAGAAGUGUGAGACUUUGCACAAAGCAAAAUUAUUGCUUUCUAUAGAGAGGGACAAGCUGGAUGCCAAGGUUUCCAGGCUUGAGAAACAGGUGGAACAUAUGGAAAGGCGGCUAAACUCAGAUGAAGAAGGGGGUGCGGAAAGUCGUUCCAAAUCAACAGAAGUCUCAGCCAAACGAAAGGAGCGACAGGCCGCCAAAGCCACAGAUGCAAAGCCACAAGGAAGGAAAACUGUCACUCAAGCUGCUCGUGCGACCGACGGCGUGUCUGACGGAUUUCGCUGGCCUGCGGAUGAAAGACCAAGGCCUAAGCGUGCGGACAACACGUUUUCCGCUCUAACUGAGCCAUUGACAUGGGUUUGUCAAUCUACCUUUAAAGCGCAUUCCAUGCCGGUGACAAAGGUUUCCAUGCAUCCCGAGAAGCCAGCUGUCGCCAGCUCCAGCGACGACGGUACCUGGCGGCUCUCUGCGUUACCGCAGGGUGAACUUGUGAUGUCUGGUGACGGACACAAGAGUUGGAUCUCAGCUGUAGCUAUGCAUCCCACGGGGACCAUGGUGGCCACUGCCUCGGGCGACAAGACCGUAAAAUUGUGGGACUUUGCCACGAACAGUUGUAAGGUGACACUUAAAGGUCACUGUGACAGUGUAUGGUGUUUAGACUUUCAGGAAACUGGCCUUCUUUUAGCCAGUGGGGCGCUUGACCAAACGGCCCGCAUUUGGGACGCCACAACAGGCAAAUGCCGUCAAACACUACGGGGACACCUGGACACCGUGAAUGCUGUGGUGUGGAAGCCAUACACCAAUACACUUUGCACAGGUAGUGGCGACAAGACCGUUUCCUUGUGGGAUUGCCGUAUGAAUUGUUGUGCGCAGACGCUCUAUGGGCAUCGCAACGUCGUUCAGUCCGUGGCGGUAGUUGGCGCAACGGAGUCGCUGGCGUCCUGUGACGCGGACGGCGUUGUUGUGCUCUGGGACAUACGUCGCAUGGAGCAGCGACUCACGGUCGCCUGCGGACCUUACGCCGCAAACCACGUAGCUUCCGACAGCACCGGCACGUACCUUGUCGUCUCCAGCGACGACACCACCAUGAAAAUUGUUGAUGUCCCGAGCGCUAGCGUGGGAGAGCUUGCCGGGCACGAAGACUGCGUUCAGUGUGCCCUGUUUGACCCGUCGACCAACAGCUUCAUCGUCAGCGGCUGCAGCGACGGGACAAUUGGCUACUGGUGUUGA